AUGGCUAUUUUGGGUUAUUUUAUCGAUGACGAUUUCCGUUAUCAUGAGGUCUUACUUGGUUUCCCUCCACUUCCUGGGUCUCAUACUGGUUCUCAGCUCGCGUUAGUUGUCCAAGAGCUACUUCAAAAAUAUGGAUUAUCCCACCGUAUUUUAGGUCUUACCACGGACAACGCAAGCAAUAACGGAACUAUGUUUGACGCGAUGACUGCUCGCUUAAAGUCAGGGUUAGAUGAGCCGUUACUUCUUGAUGAGGCAUUUGACGAUGAUUUCGCACGGGUGUUAAUGAAUAGCUUGCAUCAUUUCCCCUGUCUCACCCAUGUUAUCCAACUAUCGGUUACGGCGUUUCUAAAACAACUCAAGAUUACCCCGAAAAACGAUGAUCCAAGUCAUGUCUGGGAUGAGAAAGACGUGGAGUUUACCGAGCAGGGGAUCCUUCGGACUCUGGAAAAGGUACGAAGAAUCACGCGUUACAUCAAUGCCAGUCCUCAGCGCCUACAAGCAUUUCGCAAGGAACAGGAGCGAUUUCAUGGAAAGAUUCUAAGUCUUUCAAUCGAUUGCCGGACACGAUGGAACUCAACCUACAAAAUGUUGCUCCGUGUUUACCAAUUCAAAAGCGCUAUUGAAUGGUUUAUCAAGCAGCAAACGAAUGAGAAAAUCAAAUCCGCCUUGACUUUCCAGAAGUACGAAUGGCGACAUGUAGAGUAUCUACUUGAGAUACUCUAUGAGUUUUCAUUGUAUACCACUGGUCUUUCAACACAUACUGGGGUUACAGUCCAUCAGGUUUAUGAUGUUUACGAUAUUCUAUUCAACCAUCUCGAAGAACACAUGACCAAGAUUGAACAAAAGCGAAGAAUAUGGAAGAAACAAAUCUAUCGCGGUCUCCAAGAAGCACAUUCAAAACUCCGGAAAUAUUAUGCUGAUACCUACGGGUCUCACGGCAUUAUCUACGGUAUUGCAAUUAUCUUAAACCCUUGUCGGAAGUUACAGGCUUUCAGAGGUCCAGCAUGGGAGGAAAAUGAUGAUCAGUGGGUGGACAUUUAUCGUGAUUAUCUGAAGAGAGUAUUCGUCUACUACUCCUCGAAAUAUCCCGACACCAAUGUUCCAGCAGAGGAAGAGGCUUCUACUCUCCAGGGACUAGAUCGUCUUAUUGAUCGUGCUACGAAGCGCCGUCGGCUAUUCUCUUAUUCAAGUCGAUCUUCUGGAGCAGAAUCAGCACAGAGUCGUUUCGCUGAACUUGAUAAUUAUCUCGAUACUCCGGUUCUACAUGCUCGGCGAUGCCCUGACAUAUUGGCUUUCUGGAAAGAUCAUUCUCUUCAGUACCCUAUUCUUUCUCGAAUGGCACUUGAUUUUCUUUCCGUGCCUGUGAGUGGGGUGGGUCCUGAAAACCUCUUCUCGGUCGCGCGGGAUGUGUGCCAUUAUCGUCGCAAUCGCUUAAGUGACCACACAAUUGAGGCAAUUAUGGUUCAAUUAUGUGCGGAUCGUUCUGUGAUUGAUGAAGAGUAUCAGCAACUCCGUGAAGAGAUAGAUGGGAUAGACGAUCAACUAUUAUCUUAUGAUGAUGAUAAAGAUCUAGAUACUCUGCCAGAGGCCGGAUAUAUUAGCGAUGAAGAAGAUGUGGUUGGAGACGAUGAAGAUGUUGAAGAAGAUUAUUUCAGAUCAACACUUGAUCCGGAAUUAUCUUUCCCUUCUCAACCUACUACAGUUGCACGAAGUUUGACACCUCCCUCACCCCCAGUUGCGAGUCAGCCUCAGGUAUCAGUUACAGUUCCGAUCUCUUAUCCUCAAGAUAUUGAGCUGGAACAUACUGCCGCCUACAGCACGCGCAACAAGAGACAUCAGCUACCUGCUGGUUAUUAUCGGGAUUUGCAUAAUGGCGCAUAG